CCGCGCCGCGCCACGAGCCGAGCGGGCCGGGCCGGUGACGGCUGCCGAGCGGCCCCGAGCCCCGCAGAGCCGAGCCGAGCCGAGCCGGGAACCCUCGGCAGGGCUGCCGCCUCCAGCCGCCCUCCCGCCACCGGUCUGCGGGCAGUAGAGACGGGCUGCUCUCUUCGGUUUGUUUUCCCUCCCCAAAAAAAAAAAUAGGAGGGGUGAAAAAAGGCAGAAGUGAAGAGAUCCCCUACGCUUGCCAAAGUCUUUGUCUCCGGAUGAACAGCGAUGGGGGAAUGGACUAUUCUAGAGAGGCUACUGGAAGCUGCCGUGCAGCAGCAUUCUACUAUGAUAGGGAGGAUCCUGCUGACCGUGGUGGUGAUCUUCAGAAUUCUCAUUGUGGCCAUUGUAGGGGAGACGGUGUACGAUGACGAGCAAACGAUGUUUGUCUGUAACACGCUGCAGCCAGGCUGCAACCAGGCUUGUUAUGACCAGGCUUUCCCCAUUUCUCACAUAAGGUACUGGGUGUUCCAGAUCAUCAUGGUGUGUACUCCCAGCCUAUGCUUCAUAACAUACUCCGUUCACCAGUCUGCUAAACAAAGGGAACGGAGGUACUCCACUGUCUUCCUUACCUUGGAAAGGGACCAGGAUUCAAUGAAGCGUGAGGACAGUAAGAAAAUCAAGAACACGAUUGUCAAUGGGGUGCUGCAAAACACUGAGAACUCCACCAAAGAGGCAGAACCAGACUGCUUAGAAGUGAAGGAAAUCCCCAAUCCUGCCAUCAGAACUACAAAAUCAAAGAUGAGGAGGCAAGAAGGCAUUUCCCGAUUUUAUAUCAUCCAAGUGGUCUUUCGAAAUGCCCUAGAGAUUGGAUUCUUAGUGGGACAGUAUUUUCUGUACGGAUUCAAUGUCCCUUCCAUGUACGAAUGUGACAGAUACCCUUGCAUUAAAGAAGUAGAGUGCUAUGUUUCUAGACCCACUGAGAAGACUGUAUUCUUGGUAUUCAUGUUUGCUGUCAGUGGGAUUUGUGUGGUGCUUAAUUUGGCAGAACUGAACCACUUGGGCUGGAGAAAGAUCAAAAUGGCAGUGAGAGGAGUACAGGCAAAAAGGAAAUCCAUAUAUGAAAUCAGAAAUAAGGACCUGCCAAGAAUGAGCAUGCCUAACUUCGGCAGGACUCAGUCAAGUGACUCAGCUUAUGUGUGAGGCUGUGACAGAACUGAAACACUGUGCCAGGUGGAACAGACCCAGAUACCAUUAGAGAAAGGUACAUUGCUUAGGCAAGCAUUUUAUCAAACCACCAAGAAAGCCAUUAAGGUAUUGGAUCUCCACUUACUGAACUAGCUGCGAAAUGCAGCGCUAUAUAAAAGACUGAAAAAACAGCUAUAAAACCAUGCUUGACCUAGCCUUACAGCACAGCUACUAUAAUUCCUACUUUUCUUUCUAAUGAUUGGGUUUUAUCUGUCAGUGAAGCAGCUUUUUGGUCGUCAUUAGGAUGUUUACAGAUCGAACUGUCUGACUAAUUGUUGUAAAUGUGUAGAAUGUUCAUAUCAAAAAC